AUGUUUAACACACCAAUAAGCCUACUGCAGCACACAUCCAUCAGUGAUUCUCGACUGAUUUCAGGUUUGCCCUCCAACAUCGUUGUCGCACAUCACCGCAUACGCUGCCCCGUAUCACCACCGUCGCUGCGCCAUACUACCACCGUCGCUGCCCCACACCACCAUCAGCAACACCCCAGGUAUGUAUGUCUUUGUCAUCUUUGGGUGGUUGUCAAGACAAAACCAAGAGGGGUAUAUGAAGUCAUCGAAGCUGAAACAGAAGUUGCGCUUGAUGGAAACACUGAAGCAAAUGGAUUCUUUCAUCUUAAUGAGCGGUUUGAGUUACCGAAUGAAGUAAAUGUUAGUGAACGUUUGACCCUAGCCUCAAAUAAAACUAACUUUGACCAAAUAUCUUCCGAUAAGAGUGAGGGUUCUGAAGCGAGAAACCAAGAAGAUGAUUCAGAUGACGAGGAUAGAGACGAACUAGUUUAUUUUGACUACUUUGAUCCAGAUGAGGACGAAUGUUAG